AUGCGCGACUACGCGCCCGAGGCGGUGGCUAUGCUGCGCCACCACGGCGUGCUCGACAGGUCCUUCGACGAGGACAUGAUCGCGGACCUGCUGGACGAGCACUUCGGUUGGCAGUCCAUGGUGGACCCCGUGCAGGUGCGGCCGUACAUGGACGGGUUUCUGCGAGCGUGCAGCGAGCUGAAG